GUCUCUCUCUGGCCGUCAUUCGCAGCGCCCGGCCCCCGGCUUCUGUCGUUAAUAAUUUGUCAGUGUCAGUAAGUCUCGCGCAUCCAGGUGGCGUUGUUGUGCUCAUCCCGCUACACAUGCGCGCACAGCUGUGUUAGCUAAUUGAACAUCGACAUUAUAUAUGUAUAUAUAUAAAAUAAAUCGAAUAAUUAUUUUGAUAAAACAACAACGGAACGCAAGACAAAACUUUGGAUUUUCAUCGAAAGUGUUUUGGUUGAAGUUCAAAACAGUAUUUCGUGAAUCGAAUUGUGUGUGUGUGUUAAAUUAUUUUAUAUUAAACAUAAACAGAAAAAAAAAUCGAUUGUGAAACGUUUUUUCUUCGACUUUUUAUGUUUGUUUUAGCUUUAUUGAAACGGUUUUCUGUCAGUUUUGCAACAAGUGCGGGACUCGCUGGCCGUGUCUCCGUGGAACAGGUUCUUGCGGGCCGUUCGGUUUUGGUGUAUACAUCGUAUAUAUUUUGUUUGUGUAGUUGUAUAUUUGCAAGUGAUUGUGCGAUGGGACCCGUUAGUGAUGCUGCGUUCCGGUGCAAGUAACUUCUAUCCGACUUCUCGCUAGAUCGAUCGACAUCCGCGAAUAUCACCAAAGCUGUCGUUAGUCGAGGAUUCGUGAAGAUCUCGGUGAUCGAAUGAUGCAGUGCGGUUGGUCGUCGGCGAAAUGGCCGCAUUAUCCUGCUAUCAGCCCUGCAGACCGCAUCUGGCGCAACCCGCUAGGUGUCUAGACGACGAAGAGCAUACAUCGGCUCCGUUCUCCAUCCGCCGGCAGCAGUUCAUAGAGAGAUGUCACGAGGCCCGCAACACGAGACACCGCGACUUCAUACCUGAAGUUUCGGUCAAGAAGACCAGGGACGAGCUCGCCAGGCAUGCGGCACAAGCCGCGGCGCUAUGCCAGCGCCGACUGAACGUUGAAUCGGGCUGGUCUAAAGUCGAGGAAGUUCGGAAGAAGUUCGAAGGUGCGGCCGCUUCCGCAUCAUACUCGAGGUCUUUUGAAUCGCCUCCCAGACGUCGGCUAGCUGAUUCCCUGUUCGCAAGCUUCAAGUUGCCCCGCAAGAAGGAAAACAUGGCGACCCCGAGGUCUUUACCGCCACAGCCGCAGCAAAAACGCAAGUCUGCCGUAGAACUGCUCGCAGAGACCAAAGCGUUUUACGUGAAGUCCGAAACAGUACUGGACAGGAAGCAAGAGUUGCCUUUGAGGAUGAGCAGUGGCUUGGGACAGGCGAUAGCAGCAGGCGGCUGUCAUCUAGUCAGUUCCGGCACCUUGAACAACGACGUGUGCUGUAAUCUUUAUGCCACAACCAGAAAUGUGGGUAGUACAAGACGGGCCGUUAGCGCCAGCGAGGGACUACAGAACACGCUCAGACGACUCCUAGAACAUGCAGACAGCAGAGAAAACGUUUACUCGCCUGCUUUCGGGACUUCGCAUAAAAUCUAUUCGGAGACCCGACGUCUCAAGGACAGCUUCGCCGAGAGGGAGCCCGUACAACGGACGCAUCAUAAUUCUGGAACGUUCUCUGGUACAUCUUCCUCCGGGACGUCAGGGUCGAAAGCGCACAGAUCCGAUCCCGACCGGGACAAAAGCAGAACCCUGACGUACGGAGACGCGAGGGUUUUCUUCCCGGACUCAUUCGUGAUAUCCCGACAGCGCGCCAGCGAGGUUGUCAUUAAGAAUGCCUAUCCCAUACCGAGUCCCGAAACGAGUCCAGGACACAUGGAGCUUCCGGAUCCGGUGCUCAGCGCCGAAGGAUCUCCAGCCGAGCAACUUGGAGCCAUCAGUCCUCCCGCACAGUACGCGCAUUCUGCACCUCGUUACGUUAGAUCGAACUCCCACUCCCAGCCAAGUGUCCGUGACGACGAGACCUGCCCGAACAUCAACAGUCACAAGUCGCUUCCGGACCUCCACACGCAAGUCCGAUGCUAUGCGGAGCACGUCACCGAAGGUCGUACGGAUACAAUAGGCAGAUCGCCUCGACGCCGUCGCUAUUCGAACCAUCAGAGGACCGCUUCAUGCUCUUCAAAAGGCACAAGAUCCAAUCAUUCAUCGUUGAUAUCGUCAUGUGAAGCGUUUUCGGAGCAUCCCUCCCCUGGUGAAGACAACUAUCAGUCUUAUACGAGUCGUUGUGGUUCAUCGUUCGCCCGUGACUCUGGGGGCUCCAGCGGACACUACACGCAGCGCAGCGCCCCCCCGCACGCGCAGACGCACCGCGGAGACUCCGGCUCCUCCACACAACACGACCAUACCAGUAGAUACUACUACAACGAGUGGAUCGGUGAACAGGAGUGCUACGUGUCCGCCCCUCCGCAGUUUCAGGACGGGGCCCCCUCGCCGCCCGCGCCCCCCGCAGCCCAACACUACACCAUCACUCCGAGAGUUGGGAUACACUUUCAAGCAAGCGCUCCCCCUCCGCAGUUCCAAGACGAGCCUCCCAAAUACGACUACGGCGAUUACGAUUGCAACUACAAGGCUCACAUGAAAUGCAUAGGUCUCGGACGAAAGGAAUAUACCAAUACGAGGGACUAUGGGCGGUAUCACGAACCGAACACGGAGCUGGUAAGUAAACAGCCACAGUACCAGGAUCUGCGGAUGCGGCCGCGUGCUGACGACAAACAGGAGUACGUGAACGCUUCCCAGAUCUGCCAGCCGGAAGAGAUAACUUCGCCGCUGGGAACGUUCAAACGACAGCGCUGUCUGCGGUACAAGCAGCGACGCCCUCGACCUAUACUGCGCUCCAAAUCAGAUAUAUCCGAUAGGUACAGACGCACGGAGGGUCGCAGCUCUGCGUCGGCGCCGUGCGAGGGCGAGGACUCCCCGGACAGUCCGUCGGACGAGUCCUCGCGCCUGCAGCAGUUCUUCGAGCGUCUCGGACUCGAGCCGCGACAGUACGACGCCAUAGUGCGGGACAUGCCGCCGGAGAGUCCGGUCUUCUUCUCGUCCGCCUCCACCGUCGACUCCAAUCAGCUAGCCGCAGCUGCUGACUACACGGUGCAAGGCCCAGGGGUCCAAAAGCAGAUAUACCGGAACACCGAGCCGCCUAGUGUCGUCGAGCGUAACGCGAGGAUCAUCAAGUGGCUCUGUCAGUGUCGCAAGACUCAGCUCCCGCAGCCGCAGUGAAGUUAUUAGCCGAGUAUUGUGUUAGGGAGAACUGAAGCACUUUUUUGUUGGACUUAAAUUCCAUAGACAACAUACCCUUUAGGCCGGUUGUCGUUCUGACAGUCCCGUGAAGUGUGUCAGUAGUGUUAAAAUUCCCUAGACAAUAUACUAAAGGGCCGGUUGUCGCUCUGACAUUCCCGUGAAGUGUGUUAAUAGUUCCUCACGACUGGCGACUUAUAAGUCAACGGCUUGCUUAGAGCAGCGGUGACGUCAUAAACCAAUAUUUUCUAUUAGUUAACAACGACUCUACUACCAUUUGAUCUAAAAUGGUCUGUAAUUUAUAUGAUUUCGGAACGGAUAAAAUAUAUUUGGAUAACUUAUAUUUUCAUUUUAAAUAAAUUCAACAUCAUAUUACUAAAUUCAUUAAUACAGGCGAAUCUAGAAAUUUGUGAGUCCAUAAAAUUAUAAAAAGAAUAUGUUUCAGUUCUCUCAAAAACAUUGUUGAUAUUAAAACAAGGCUAUUUUAAUACUGUGAUCUCAACAACUAACUGUACAAUAUAAGAUCUAAUCGGUUGGCAUCGGCCUAAAUGCGCAUUAAAUGGCGUCAAGUACCCUUUUUAAUCAUGAUGUAGAUCCCAGACGUACCUGUAUCUUCGAUAUUUCUGAUAUCAUAAUCGAGUGAAAAUGCAUUAAAAUAUAUUAUUAUAUGGAGGGUAGACGUAAGGAGUGCUAUCUUAGUGUAUUAAAAAGUGUCCGCUCAAACGGAGCCAAUUAAGAUGGCGCCACAGUAGCAAGUGGAAAAAUUUAAAAAAUUGCGCCAUAAACUACCGUACUUAACUUCAAUCCAGCAUACUUUUCACUGCGUUUAAAACUCCUAUAUUUUUAGGAGCUAUUUUGGUAGUGAUCAAUAUAAUGGUUCAGGACGCUCUUGGAAGUGAGAUAAUUAAAUAACACAACUGGUUAAUCGGAGCGUUUAUUCGCGAUUGAACGCGAUUAAAAGGUAAUAAGCUUGCGGGCGCAGCCGCAUGCAUUAUGACUACGCACUAUUUUGUUUACAUAACAACCUGUGUCCCUACAUAUUCGUAACAUUUCCAUUUCCUACACUAGCGCUAUUUCAGUGAAUCCUCCAACAAUAACUUACUGAUUACAGGUGGACACUUUGUCAACUUGUCCCUCAAACAAAAUGGUGCUCAUUACAUCUACCCUCCAUUAAAAUAUAGCUUAACUAAAUGAAAUAGGUUAAAAUAUGGCCUAGUGCAUGUGAUAAACGAGGCUUUGACGUGUUGAGUAAUUAAAAAAGAAGACGGAUCAAACGUUGCUCAGAUAAUAAAUAUGUAAAAUUAUAUUUUUAAAUAAGACAGUUUGUUUCGAUUUUGAAUUAUGUAGAUUUAGGAAAAUCGAUAACGGCGUUUCAUGGGGUCGUAACGAUUAAUAAAAUCGACUAAGAGCCGAUCGACUGCUAGUAAUUUUAAUCGAUACUAAUUCAUUAUUUACAUUGUUUUAAUAUAGAGAUUAAGUGUUCGAAUCAGAAGCUGAAAGGUUUUGUACUAGGUACACUACACAGGUAAUUGGGUCGUAGUCUAGGAGGAUGCGGCAUCUCGAAAAUGUCAAAGUAAUUCUUGAUUAAUUGACUGUUAUGUUUCUCUUUGGAAACACAAACUAUUAAAAAGCAUAAGAUAUUUUUUCUUCGACGAAUGUCAAAGUCAAAAUGUAUUAUUUAUAGUGCAUUAAUAUUUUCAAGUAUCAAACUUUCCCAUUGUGACUUGUACAUACAAACGUUUUAGGCCGCGAAAAACAAAAGUUAGUAAAGAAAGAUUGCAAACACUUUCCGUAAAGUUUGACAAGCUGUCAGCAAUAAAAGUGCAGAAUUAUCCGUUGUUUUAAAGAGGGUAGAGAUAUUAAGCAAAUUAUCUGCGUAUGAAGAAGGGUCCAUCGGAAAAUGAAGUCUUUAAUCUCAAUUAUUCUAAAAUAAAUUUUCAAAGUUCUUAAAGGUACAAAAAAAAAUGUUUUAAUAUUAAAUCAGUAAUUUGUUUUAAAUAAAUAUUAGUAUUGUUAAAAUGAUUUGAUUUCAACGACGAGCUUCGAUUUAAAUUGUUGAAUAUCUUAUUGUUGCUAAACUAUGAAUUGAAAAUACGUACGAAAAUUUUCUCUUUCUAAGUUAUUUAAAAAAAAAUAUUGUUAUUUAAAUGAAACAAAAAAACAGGUUUAAUUCAUUUAUAAAUUAGCGUUGUAAGCAAAAAAGUAAUUUAUACAAACCCGUUAGAAGCAAAUAAUCCAACAACCCACUUAACUAUCCGUUCAUCCUAACAGAGCAUAGACAAGUCGUCAUUAUCACAAGUUGACAAUUAAAUAUUUUACGUGUCUUUCAUUAUCACCUGUAAAGACACAUAUUUAGAUAUCGAUAAUGUUCUAUUCUAAUUCUAAUUCAGUUUAAGUAUUGUGUAAUGCGAAUGUAGUUUGUAUCAGUAGUCUAUGUUGGUAGCUUGCUAACCCUAAACAACACUGAACAAUGGUCGCAUUAAAUUCAUUUAAUCCAGCCGAUCAUCUGCAAACAAAUAAAUUAUAAGUGUUUUGUGUGUUAUGUCGGCCACUCACAUGUGAAGAGCCAUCAAAAAUUCAUUCGCAAACUUAGCGGCUGUGCAAAUGGGUUCGGUACUCAAUUUGCGAACCCGUUUGCGCUUCCUCCUACACUUGUUUACGAAUGUCUCACGAAUUUCUCCUCCUUUUUAAUUCGUCAAUAGAACAUUGAAGAGAAAAAGAGUUUUGAAUUCUUUCCCAGACAUCAUUAACAGCCAUGCUGUUUUUAUGAGAUUUCUUUUGAUGAAGAUACGCUACACAGUAGACGUCACGAUCUAUGAAAAUAGCGAAACGUCCGUUACCUUCGCAAUCCUGGGCGCAACUGGUCACACAAAUGUGUGGGAGACUACGCGAAGGACCACGGUUCGCGCGCUUUGAUGUCUGUUAAAAAACCGACACAUCUUGGAAAACCACGAAUGCAGCGAAAACUUUGCAUAAUCAUUUGCAAAUGUCGUCCUACACUUGCGGGUUUGCGUAUUCGUGCGAAUGUGAGUGACCGGUGUUAACAUAAACACGUGACUUAGAACUUUUCAAGAAUAAAAAUAGGCAUCGUAUUGGCGGUACCCCUUUGCUUGCCAACAUCCAUGAACGACGAUAACCACUUAAAAAUAAAUAAAGCGUCUCGCGUCUCAAAUGAAAUCUAUGCUUUUAAAAAAAUAAAUGUUUAUAAUGUAUAUAUAAUAAUAUAUAUACUAUUUAAUCUCUCAUCAGCGACUUUUGAAAACUUAAGAAGUCAUUAUUAUUAAACAAACUCAACUAGUAUUAAUGUUGUCAUCAUAUUCUUUACGAUUUUACUAAUGAUAUUUAAAACGAUUAAUUAGUAAAAAUGUUCCUGUUAUAUACGGAUUUGACAUUAAAUUAAUAGAAUUGAAUGUAGUUUCUUAUAUACCUACGAGUAUUUGUAAGUAAAUAAUAAAAACUAAAAAGUUUUGUGAUUUUCGAGCACAAAUGGAUCAAUUCUAAGUGAUAGUACCCUACUAUUUACGUGUUGUGCCAAACAUAGAUUAAAUAAGUAUGAAAUAAUUAGUAAACGGCAACAUUAAUCAUAGUGCAAACUUAUUCUAACGAAUGAUAAAUACACAUUUAGCUAUUGAAAAGUUUACAGAACUCUUGUUGUUUUUGUAGAAUCCCUUCGGCCUAUAAGCAAACUCUUUUUAUUUGCUAACGUAUAAAAAUUAAACUACUUUACUUUAAAAAUGAAAUUUGAGUGUGAAUGUAUGUAAGUUGAGUUUAGUUCUAAUUAAAUAUAAAUUCUGUGUCUUUAUAUGGACUCGCUUCCACUUACUAUUUUACGUGUGUUUUGAUAUUUGUUUUAUCUAUAAAAAAACCUAUCUGUAUUAAUUUCAUAACAGCAGCACAAAUCAAGUCUAGAUUUUCAAUGAAUUAUAUUGAAUCUGAGUCUAGACUAAAGAUUGGAAGAAUGUAUUUUUAACAUACAACUUCAUAAAUACACCAGUAGUAAUGACAGUCUGCCUAAAAAUAAUAUUUAAUAAAUUAUAAUACUUGUUAACUACAUAAUGUAUUUUAUAAUUAUACUUGGUUCUAAAUAUACUGUAACUACUAAUGUUCCCACUGCCUGAAUAUUUCAAGAUAAUCGAAUAAGUGUGCUAAGUGAUUUAUAUUUUAUCUGUACACGGUAAUUACUUCUAAAGCUAUUCGCUCAAAACCGGUUUGAAAGUAAAUUAAGUGUGACCAGUUUUUAGUCUUCCACUUUUGUGUGGUAUUUAAUGAAAAUGUUCAAGUAGUAUGUUAUAGAUUAUUCGUUGACUCUUCGAAGUGGAACAAAUUCUGAUCAUUCCGAUCACAUGAAAGGAUCUUUUGCAUUUGUUUAAUUAUAAAAUUUUGAAAAUGUUGCCUGUUCUUAGUGUUUACGGUAGUUAUGUUUCAAACGAUUAUUCAUCUUUAUGGUAAUGAUAUAAAAUUGCAUUAAUACAGUAUUAGGUCGUUUAAGCAUUCGAUGCUUCCAUUGUGUAAAUAAAAUUUACGUAAUAUGUUAGAAGUUUAUUUGUGACGAAAGAAUUAUAAUGGUCUGAUCUUA